AUGAGGAAGCCCGAGGGCCCGGUGGGGAUGGUGGAGAUUGCAGGCCGCGCAGGGCGGGAGCACCGAGGCUUCCUGGAGGGAGGGCUGCUCCUACUGCUGCUUCUGGUGACGGGUGCCCUGGUCGCCCUGGGCCUCCUCUAUGCCAACAGAAGAGGGAAGCAGCUGCCGCUUUUUACAAGCCGGCUUUGCUUCUCAAAGGAAGAGAAGACCAUUGUAAAUCAAACACCCCGAGACGUCCAAAAGCCCAGGGACACAAGCGAAACCUGCACUACCCCUGGCUGCGUGAUGGCAGCCGCCAGGAUCCUCCAGAACAUGGACCCGUCCAAGGAGCCCUGUGGCGACUUCUACCAGUAUGCGUGCAGCGGCUGGCUGCUGCGCCACGUGAUCCCCAAGACCGACUCGCAAUACAGCGUCUUCGACAUCCUCCAGGAUGAGCUGGAGAUCAUUCUCAAAGGGCUGCUGGAGAAUUCUACCACCAAGGAUCGGCCAGCUGUACAGAAGGCCAAGAUGCUGUACCGCUCCUGCAUGAACGAGAGUGAGAUAGAAAAGCAAGACUCGCAGCCCCUGCUGGACAUCCUGAAGGCGGUAGGAGGCUGGCCAGUGGCCACGGACAAGUGGAGCGAGAGUGUAGGUGACCGGUGGGAACUGGAGCAGCAGCUGGCCGUGAUGAACGCGCAGUUCAACCGGCGGGUCCUCAUCGACCUCUUCAUCUGGAACGACGACCAGAACUCCAGCCAGCACAUCAUCUAUAUAGACCAGCCAACUCUGGGCAUGCCGGCCCGAGAGCACUACUGCAAUGAGGGCAGCGACCAGAAGGUACGGGAAGCCUACCUGCAGUUCAUGAUGUCGGUGGCCACAAUGCUUCGGGCAGACAUGAACCUCCCGCAGAACAGCGACCUGGUGCGGGAGGACGUGGCCCAGGUGCUGGAGCUGGAGACGCAGCUGGCCAACGCCACGGCCCCCCGGGAGGGGCGGCACGACGUCACCGCCCUGUGCCACGGGAUGGACCUGGAACAGCUCCAGAGCAAGUUUGGUCUGAAGAGAUUUAACUGGACUCUCUUCAUACAAUCUGUGCUAUCCUCUGUCAAAAUCGAGCUGCUGCCAGAUGAGGAAGUGGUGGUCUAUGGCAUCCCCUACCUCCAGAAUCUUGAAGACAUCAUCGAUGUCUACUCAUCCAGGACCAUGCAGAACUACCUGGUCUGGCGCCUGGUGCUGGACCGCAUCAGCAGCCUGAGCCAGAGAUUCAAGGAUGCACAUGCAAACUACCGCAAGGCGCUGUACGGCACGUCGGUACAGGAGGUACGCUGGCGGGAGUGCGUCAGCUACGUCAACAGUAACAUGGAGAGCGCCGUGGGCUCACUCUACGUCAAGGAGGCCUUCCCCGGGGACAGCAAGAACAUGGUCAGAGAGCUCAUCGACCAGCUUCGGGCAGUGUUCGUGGAGACCCUGGACGAGCUGAGCUGGAUGGAUGAGUCAUCCAAGAAGGCCCAGGAGAAGGCCAUGAGCAUCCGGGAGCAGGUUGGGUAUCCCGACUACAUCCUGGAGGAGGGGAACAAACACCUGGACGAGGAGUAUUCCAAUCUGAACUUCUCGGAGUGCCUGUGCUUUGAGAACGGACUGCAGAAUCUCAAGGCUGGCGCCCAGCGGAGCCUCAAGAAACUUCGGGAGAAGGUGGACCAAAACCUCUGGAUCAUCGGGGCCACUGCAGUGAAUGCAUUCUACUCCCCAAACCGAAACCAGAUCGUGUUUCCUGCCGGGAUCCUCCAACCUCCGUUCUUCAGCAAGGAACAGCCACAGGCCUUGAACUUUGGGGGCAUCGGGAUGGUGAUUGGGCACGAGAUCACCCACGGCUUUGAUGACAACGGCCGGAACUUCGACAAGAACAGGAACGUGAUGGACUGGUGGAGUAACUUCUCGGCCCAGCACUUCCUCAAGCAGUCGGAGUGCAUGGUCUACCAGUAUGGCAACUACUCCUAGGACCGGGCCGACGACCAGAACGCGAAUGGCUUCAGUACCCUUGGGGAAAACAUCGCAGACAAUGGAGGGGUGCGGCAGGCCUACAAGGCUUACCUAAAGUGGGUGGCGGAAGGUGGCAAGGACCAGCAGCUGCCAGGACUGGAGCUGACCUACAAGCAGCUGUUCUUCAUCAGCUACGCACAGGUGUGGUGCGGGUCCUACCGGCCCGGGUCUGCCAUCCAGUCCGUCAGGACUGACGUCCACAGCCCCCCGAAGUACAGGGUGCUGGGCUCGCUGCAGAACCUGGCCGCCUUCGCAGACGCGUUCCACUGCGCGUGGGGCUCCCCUAUGCACCCCACGCCCGCCCGCCGCCCCGAGGUGUCCCGUCCGCGCGGAGACGGUGCUGCCAGCGGGGACCCAGCGUGCACCCCGCUCCUGGCGUCCGACCCACCCGCAGCCAACCCACCCAUGCCGCGCCCGGCCUCCGCGCCCGGCCUGGAGUGCGACCUGGCCCUGAGCCCCCUCCGCGCCCGCCCGCGAGGAUCUACACCGCCCGCUGCAGCCCUGUAG